GCAAAUCCUGCAAUCUUUUGGAUAGUUGGAGAAUACAUCACCUCACCUACCCACUGUCUCCUCAACUUUUUUUCUUAAUUUAUCUGACAAAUGGAUCUCCUAAAUUAAAACUAUAUUAAUGGGGAUAGUAUUCUCGUUCCAAGAAAUCAUUUGUCUAUUUUUGUAUAUUUAUAUGUGCACAUAUAAGCAGUAGAAGUGCAUGUAGAAGUACAUUUGUGGUCAAAUUAAGUACAUAACUGGUUAAUGUAAAUAGAUACAAGAGUUAAAAAAUAGAAUAGUUAUAGUCAUGGCAGUUUGAAUAUAAAAGAGAAACAAUAGUGAACAAUAAGUAAGAUAAUAAUUGAUUAUAAAAUAAUUCAUUAAGCAAGUGAAGAGCAAGCAAAAAGCAAAACACAAAUAUUAAAUGUAUACUACCUCCUUUUUCCUUAACCUAAGAGAGUAAAAUUUAUCUCUGAAAGAUAAACCUCACUUAUAAUGACUAGAAACUCACUUAAUCACUGAUGUAAUCAAGUGGGAUAUUUAAAACGUUAAAUUAGGCAGGAAAAACAUUAAGAACAUAGAUUCUUCCUCUGAAUUUUGGAUAUGGCUGUUGUAAGAAGAUAGUUUCAAUGGAGAAUAAGAUCUAGAUUAUUGUUUCUUGUCUAUUUGGGUUUCCUAAAAGUGGAAUUAGUGAAGGUUCCUGAGGAACAUGUUGAAAUUGAACUGAAAUUUUCUUUUCUUGUAGACGUAGUUGACUGAGGCUGUUGUUUAAGUUCCAGUUUCAUAAUAAAAUGAAAAUUUAUUUCAUAAUAAAGUGUUUAAAUUAACUAGGGAAUUUAUAGUAAAUGUAAUUCCUUACUGGUGUAAUGUUUGGCAGAACUUGGUAAAAGCCUUUUUUUUGUUUGACAAGAGGAAAAUUUUAAUUGUCUGACCUUCUAAUUCCAAAUGAUUCAGUUUCUUGUAUUCUUGUAGAAUCUUUGCUUUCUCCAAAUAGUCUAAAAACUUUGCAAUCACUGUUCUAGGCUAGAGUGGUUUUUCUUUGGAAAGGUCAUAUUCUGUGUAUUCUUUCAAUUUUAAUAGACUGUACUUCAUUCAAUAAUCUAAGCCUGUUCACCAACCAGAUGGUGAUUAAUUCUGCCAAAAUGUUUGUAUGUUUCAGGUAUUUCCACAAAGCUCAGGUUAUUUCUGCAGGACCUAUCCUCACAUUUUCAGAUUUGUUUUGCAAUUCUUUGACUUGAAUUGCUUUUGUUUUGUUGUAUUAUUGAGAUUUUCAAGUGGAAGGAAAUCAUCUUGUAUCGCUGUUACCCUUUCCCCUAAUAUCUUUGUCAUGUGAUGUACAGUAAUUUGGUUGGUUAACAUCUCCAAUUUGGACUGUAGCUUAUUUAUAGCUUUAUUAAUUGUGAGUUCAGUUGUAGAUGUUAUAAGAUUGGCUACUACAUUAGCCAUUAUCUGUUCCGACAUGGGACAUUAUUGAUGUGUUAAAGGCAUAUUAGAUUAACUUUUUAAAACCAUCGAUAUAGUUUGUCAGAGUUCAUUUUAUUCUGUUUCCCUUUUCCGUUUUCCAUUCAUUUUUGGCUUUAAGUUUAACUAUUCUCCUUUUAUUUUAUAAUAUAACUGUUCGAGACCAUUUGCCCUCUGUUUAAUUAGUUAGAGUGUGAGCAGCAAUUUAAAAUGGUGGGCGCUAAAGCAAGGCUCCUCACGUCUCCCACUGUCAGCUGUGUGUAUAAGGCUCAAAUGAUAGGAGUAUCUGUGCCGCUCCAAAAUAUAUUCUAUUAAUUUGAUAAGCCAACAAGCAGUCUAAAUAGCUAUUGGGUUUUAUAAAGUGCAUAGCAAAAGUGUUGUCCUGCUAUGCAAUGUCGAGUCACCCUUUGAAUGAAUUAGGAUGCCAUAUGGACAGCUUGAAAAGAGAGGUUUGCGGAGCCCAGUUCUACCUUAAGUCUAGGCACAAUAACCGGAAGAGUCUUUACACAUAGAAUCCAUCACUUCGAAAAGCAACAAGGGUUGCACGAAACUGUGACACUAAGGAGGUAUGUAUGUAUAACUUUAUUUAUAAAGUACUGCAAGAAUACGCAGAGCCAUACAGUCUUACAAUAUACAAAAUUAUAAAUACACAGAGAGCCAUGUGAUAUGAGACACAGUAAAAAAAGGGGGUCCCUGCCCUGUAAAGCUUACAGUCUUUACAAAGUUGGGUUGGGAAAUAGUUCCUAUGAGCAUUAUGCUUCCUUUCAAUCUGUGGAAUAAGGUAUGUCUGUGCAAAAAAAAACCAUUUAUAUUUACUUUUGGAAGUUCAGGUGUUUAUGCACCUUUUUUACAUAAGCUCAACUGAAUUAGCUUAAAGUGGGGUUAUGUUUUCCCUCUAAUCUCUGCUUUGUUGCUAGUGGAAUGUCCUAGAUUGUUUUUCCAUGUGGAAGGUAUGAUAAAUAUUAUAAAAUACAUAUUUUAUGUUUAGUUAGCCCUUAACGUCAGGGUAUGAGUUGCAUGUUGUUUUUAAUUAAAUGAACCAUUGAUGUCCUUUGUAUUUCUAGUGUAAGUAAACUAAACACAGCAGUCACAUGACUGACAGAUAAGAAAGCAGCCGAGACAGCACAGAGUAGAACACAGCUUUUUCCACGAGAACACAUUGGCAGCUCAGAAGAAGCCAUCAGGUCUGGGGAGCGGCGAUGGCUAGUAACAUUAGACAUUUGGAGAACCAGUUGACAUGCCCCAUUUGCCUAGAAGUGUUUAAGGAACCUUUGAUGUUACAGUGUGGACAUUCCUUCUGCAAGGAGUGUUUGUGGGGUCUUAUGGCAGAAUCCAGAAUUCACCUGCUAUGCCCUGUGUGCCGACAGGCAGUGGACUGUAGUUCCUCUCCACCCAAUGUGACUGUUAAGCAUCUUAUUGAGACUCUGCAGAAGCUGAAUGAGGAACAAACUGCAGCCGAAUCCUGCCAAAGUCACCAUAAUCCUUUGAGUUUGUACUGUGAACAAGAUCAGAAAAUUAUUUGUGGCCUCUGUGGCACUAUUGGUGAGCAUCGUCAGCACCAAAUCACACCACUCACCAGUGUAUACAGCAGAAUGAAGGAGGAGGUGUCUGCCUUGAUUACAGAGGUGCAAAAAGAGAGGAAAAGCUUGGAGGAACAUAUCAGCAAACUCAUUAACAACAAGACUCGCAUUAUAAAUGAGUCAGAUGUCUUCCAACGCCUGAUACGCAAAGAAUUCCGAGAGCUGCAAAAAUAUAUUGCAGAAGAAGAGGCUCAUUUCCUACAGUCAGUAGCCAAGAAGGCUGCAGAUAUCAACAGCUCCAUUGAAGCACAGCUUCAGAACAAAAAUGAGAUACUAAACAUGGUGCAAGCAAGGGAGAGGGAGCUUGAAAGUCUUGGAAACGAGAACCACCUGCAGUUCAUUCGAAACUAUGCCGUUGUGACUUCCAGUUCCCAGGUCCCUCCUCCUGGUAGUAGUGAUGCAUCUUACAAUGCAGUCUCUUUCAAGCCUGGGUUCCGACAAGACGACAUCAAGCUCACAGUAUGGAAGAGGCUACAAAGAAGGAUUUUACCUGCUCCAGAGAUCUUAAAGCUGGACCCUCUUACUGCACAUCCCUUUCUGCAGUUGUCUAAGGGAGACACUGUAGUGCAGUGCCGUUCACUCGCCAGUCGUCGAGGCAGCAGCCCUGAAAGCUUUGACUAUAGCAGUUGUGUUCUUGCAACACGUGGAUUCUCCACAGGCAAACAUUACUGGGAAGUGAUUGUUGGGACCAAACCAAAAUGGAGAAUUGGUGUUGUUAAGGGCACAGUUAGUCGUAAAGGUAAACUGAUUCGAACACCUGAGGCAGGAGCGUGGUUAAUUGGGCUCAAAGAGGGUCGAAUUUAUGAAGCAUUCACAACCCCAAGUGUGUGUUUGCCCGUUACCAACCGGCCCCAGCGAAUUGGUAUUUUCUUGGAUUAUGAAAAAGGAGAACUAAUCUUCUACAAUGCUGACAGCCAAGAUGAGCUCAUACCAUUAUAUGCCUUUCAAACAGAGUUCCAAGGGAAGCUAUAUCCUGUCCUUGAUGUAUGUUGGCAAGAAAGGGGAUCCCACCCACAACCUCUUAUAUUGCCCCAAGUUUAAAGGGA